GUAUUAUUGUCAUAUAUUCUAUAGGCAUAGAUUUGAAACAAUUGAUUGAUUGGAAUUAUGAUAAAGGUUUGAAUAAAUAAAGAGUAAUGGAAAAAUUGAGGAUUUUGGCGGGGGGAGGGGUUGUGAUUUGUGAAAGAGCUCCGAUCCAUUGUUUAUGUUGGGUUUUGGAAUCCCCAAUUCCCCCAAUUCUCCCAAUAAUGUUUACGUUGUUGUGUGGACAAUGUUUCCAAUUCCAAGCCUUUCAGUUUCCGUUGCAAAGCCACAGAUUACUUCACUCCCUCCAUCCUCAUCUCCCUCCUCCAUCUCCACCAGCCCUAUUUUCCAAAUCCCACAACAACAACCCAUUUUCUUCCAUUGAACUUCCUCCCAACGCCCUCCGCCGCAAGCUCGAUCCUCACUGGAGAGGAGGUUUCAGUCUAGGUGUCGACCUCGGAACCUCUCGCACUGGACUUGCUCUUAGUAAAGGCUUCUCCAUUCGUCCUCUUACCGUUCUAGAGUUGCGAGGACAAAAGCUUGAGGCUAAGCUCAUUCAGAUUGCUGAACAGGAAGAGGCUGAUGAAUUUAUUAUUGGACUUCCUAAAUCAUGCGAUGGGAAAGAGACACCUCAGUCAAACAAAAUUCGUAGUAUUGCCGGAAGGGUGGCAGCCCGAGCAGCUGAAAGGGGCUGGAGAGUUUAUUUGUAUGAUGAACAUGGGACAACAGCAGAAGCGGAAAGCCAUAUGAUUUCCAAGGGUCUCAAUAAAUCUACUAGGCAGAAGAAGAUUGAUGCCUAUGCUGCCAUGAUGGUACUCGAGAGAUAUUUUCUCAUGUCAGGCCAGGGAACCGAACUUUUAGUGCCCAAGAGUCUAGUCUUACAAGAUAAACUUAUCGAGGGACCACCUACAGACCCAGACUUUAAGGAUUGAGGAUGUGCUUCAGGCCAGGAAAAAAAUAAUCUGGGAGAGGCCCUUGGGGUAUUUUUCUCUUUGACGGAUAACAAAAUUGCUAUCAAACAAAGGGUAUUUAUUACUGUUGAAGUGGAAGAGAGCCGCAACCGACUUAGAAAUGGAGGGUUACUUCCUCAAAGCAUGGUCACGGAAUUAGGUGAAAAGAGAUACCGCUGUUCCUAAUGAAGGCUCAAUUGAAGGUUGCGGGUUGUGAGAUGAUGACGACGACGACGCUUUUGACAUUAUAUCUUUAUAACAAUCUUGUCAGAAUCUGUCCUCACAUAUUGAAUUCACCUACACACUUCGGUUAGUUAAGGAUGGGAUUUGCUUUGGUCCGUCCUAUGCACUUGUGCUUCUCCUUGAUCGCCGAAUCGCGUAUGUACUUGGUUGAAAUUAUUUCUAAACGAAGAAAUUGAUUA